AUGGUGGCCGAUUAUUUGGCCAGGAAAGGGGUUCUAGACAAGGCAGAUACACACAUUAUUUCAUCAAUUUCAUUACCAUCACAAGCAAGAGCUCUACUUUUACAAGAUCAGAGGCAGACUAAAAUAGUAAGGCAGAAGAAAUCCUGGGUUCAUCUAGACCUAGGGAUGAACAGAAAGCUUGGACGACUUUUCAUUGCACCUUUUUCUGGGUGGCUUUGUCUCUUUCUCAACAGAGAACAAGAUGUUCAAAUUGUGCAUCAAAGAUCGAAGGAUCCGUUUUGGAAUUUGCUUCACUUGCCUGCUGGGAUCCUUCUCAAUUUCCAGUGGUCUUUGCAUUGGACUUCUCUCCAGUGGGCUUGUAUUUCAUCCAUUUUCAUGCGCUGGUUGUUUGGGAGUCUAGUUCAAUGGAAAUCUCUACAGACUGCUUCACAGGAUUCAAUCCAGAGUUUUUCACUUGAGGAGUCUCUUCAGAAUCUUGAUAUUUUUUUGGAUAAUUUUCUUCGUUCUUCAAUGGAUCUUUCUGUUCAUAGCUCAGAGGUUGUCUUUCUGCAGAGGUGUCUUCUCAAGAUCUCUAGCUUUUGGAUAGUCAUUCAUCUGAAGCUUAAGAGACCUCUAAAUGCCUUCUGGCCUUGGGUUUCUUUACCUUUCGAUGGCUGUCUUUCUGCAACAGAGCUGGAUAUUCAUCUUCUCCAUGGAUUUGCGAAGAUUACUCGAUUCAAUGAAGAAAUUCUGCUGGAUAUUCAUCUUCAACAUCGUUUUAGGGAGGAGAAAUAUGGACUUGAAUCGCCAUUGUCAUGCCUAUCCCAAGGCAGAGUUUUUUGUUUCUUAGAAAGUUUUUCUGCUUCUGGGCAGAUACAUUGGGCUAUCUCUCUGGCUUCGGUGUCGGUUCCACUACCUUAUGAGAUAAGUAGCUCUGCCUUUCAAUUGCUGCAAUUACCUAUCAAGUCAGCUUAUCCUCUGACCAUUAAUAUUCUGCGGCAACCCUUUCAACUACCUUAUCCGAUAGUAUUCUCAGCCUUAUCAGAUAGUUUUUCCCAGCUAUCAGCUCAAGCUCUCAGCUUUGAAAACAUUCAGCUCAGCUGCGCAGCUCAAGCUCUCAGUUCUGCAUGCCUUCAUCUCAGACCCACAGCUCAUUAA